AUGGUACCUAUGAGGCGUUCAGGACCAACAUCGUCAAGCGGGUUAUUUGUGACUCAUGAUAUUGGGAAAGUCAAUCUUAGGGUGCUUUUCGACAAUGUGGUCGUGAAGGAGGCCGACAUAAAUGUAAGACCUGGUCACGAUGCUUCUAAAUGUAGUGCCAGUGGUGACGGUCUGAGAAGAGCGGUUGUCGGCAAUCCGGCAAAGUUCGAUAUCAACGUGCAGAAUGCCGGAGAUGGUGAAUUGUUUGUGCAGUUCAUGGGCCCUGCAGAGGCGAAAAACAAAUGCAUUGAUAACUCUGAUGGCACUUGCUCGGUGGAAUACGUCCCUCCAGUGCCGGGUGAAUAUACCAUUGGCAUCUGCUAUGGAAAGGACGAAGAUAAGCAGCACAUCCAUGGAUCGCCGUUCCGUGUCAUUGCCGAUAUGCCUAACGAUCCUUCCCGCAUUGCGGUCAGCGGGCUGCGACCAGAUACGUUAUUGGAAGCACGUGUUGGAAGUCCUGUUUCGUUCAGUAUCGACGCGUCGCAGACUGAAGAAGCUCCUAUCAGUGUCACUGUGCCACCCAGUAUGUUUCAUAACCGUUUUUGUGAA